GUUCACUCUGCCAUCGCUGUUCCCGUCGUCGCCCAAGACGAUGUCUGUCCUCCCCUCAUCCUCGGGCCCGCCGUCUUCCUCCGCCGUCACCAUCCCAAGGGCCGGCAAAUCCAUCCUCAAACGCCCGCCACCCCAACAGACUGGUCUCAUAUCACGCAUCAAGGGCUUUCUCCCCACCAACGCCAAUGCCGCCAACGCGACCUCCACCACCGCGUCCGACGACACACGCGCCCUCAAGCGCGCGCAUUUCAUCCUUCCGCACCUCGUCACCGUGUACCCGAUCUCGACCAUCAACCCCCCGAGCAUGCCCACCCUCAAGGACGAGAAGCUCGCGAUCGAGGAGAGAGAGGCAGAGCGUCGUCGUCGCAUCGUCCGCGGCAACUCAUUCAGCGGCUCGGCGUCAGAUGUGUCGACUAUGACAUUGAAGGAGACGGACGAGUGGUGGAACAUGGACAAGGUUGAAUCGUUCUACCGCGAGUGCUGCGAGAGCAGAGAGGAGCAGCCGGAUCCAGCUGUCACCGCUGCCUUCAAGAGGGCUGCCAACACCGAGCCCAGGUCAGUCGACUUGUCUGGCGUGCAGCUCACGCCAACCUCGGCCGCCAUUCUCUCAGAUGUCUUCACCAUAGAGUGGGGCCUCCGCAAGCUCACCCUGCGCGAGUGCGAUCUCGACGAACAUACCCUGAAGCCUAUGCUGCACUCCCUCCUGAUACCCAAUACCCUCGUCUUCCUGUCCGUCGCAUCAAAUAGACGUCUCAAGAUCCCGGCGUUCAAACUCGUCAGCGCCUAUGUCUCGCGGGCCAAGUCGCUCCAGUUCCUUGACCUCUCGCAGAACGCGCUGGACAAGAAGGCGAUGGAGUACAUUGCGAGUGUGAUACCGCAGUUGCCGGCGCAGGGAAUUAUCUCGCUCCGUCUGGAUGAUUGUCAACUGAAGCCGCCAGCACUUGAUGUUCUAGCCCGCGCCGUUCGUAAUUCUUCUCUGCGCAACAUCUCCCUCCGGCACAACAAGAUCAACCAGUCUGGCGCAGUCGCCCUCGCUAUUAUGAUCCGGGACUACCCCGACGCCAUCCCGUCCACGUCGCCCUCGCCAUCCUCGCCUCCACUCUCCACAUCCUCGCUCUUAGCACCCUCCUCAGGCUCCGGUACACCGCAAGCAAGCCCAGCAACGUCCUUCGCCUCUCUCCCUCUCUCGCUCAGCUCCUUCCUCUCACCGCCGCCUUCGCCAAUGUCGCCAUCACCAUCGCUGUUACCCGGCACAGGCUCACCGAACCCAGGAACACCAACAUCCCCCUCCACGCCGCUCCCUCCCCCUCUCCCACACGGGCCGGGGAAGACCGUCCCGCCGCGCCCGCCGCCCCGGCACCCGUCGAUGCAGCCGCCGCAGACGACGUAUACACCGUACAUACCCCGGUCGCGGCGCAAUGCUCCGCCCCCGGGGCCGUCGGGCGGAGGAGCGGGGCACCCGCCGCUGUCGGCGAGCGGUCAGCCGAUGCCGGUUAUUACGUCGAAUACUGCGGGCGGGAUUACGACACGGCACGAUGACUCGCAUGCGCAUGCACAGGCACGGCAGGGACGCCAGGGUGCGAACGGCACGUCGCACGCGGCGGCUGGCUUGGGAAUGGGGAGUAGAGCGGGUGUGCCGCCGGGGGCGGGGAACAGGCAUGGACAGGGGCAGGGCGGGCACGGGCAGGGUCCGAGCGCGGCGUUGUUGGAUAAGGUGCGGGCGCUGGAUGCGUUGCCGCGUCUUGGGGCGCUGCGGACGUUGGAUCUGAGGGGGAAUGAUUUGAAGACGGGUAUAAGCUACCUCGCGCAGGUGCUCAAGCGGAACCGGACGCUCAAGGUGCUCAAUCUGAGCGAUAAUAAGCUAGAUGUUGGAUGUUUGGUCGCUGUUGCUGAGGCACUGAAAUACAACCUCUCGCUCGAAACGCUGGACCUGAGCCGGAAUCCGUGCGCCGGACCAGCGUUGGACGGUAUCCAAUCGCUCCGCACCGCGUUCACGCUCAACACAGCGCUCAAGCGGCUCUUCCUCUCCUCGACAGGGCUCACCUCGGCCGCGGCGAUCGCGCUCGCCGAGUUCCUGCCCGAGUCGGCGUCGCUCCUGCACCUCGACCUCACGCUCAACAACCUCGACAUCGCCGCCGUCAUGGCGCUCUCGUCUGGGCUCAAGGCGAACCACGUGAUGCGGUGUAUGGAUGUGGAGGUGCCGCCGGGUGACGAGGCGUUUGCCAGUAGGAUGUGCCGGGAUAUUCUCAAUACGUGCGUGCGCAAUACGGAGGAGGCAGAGAAGGCCGCGCAGGCGCAGGCGAGAGCCGAGGGAGGGGAUGGCGUCGACGGCGGGGGGCGCUCCAAGGGUGUGUUAUGGAACAUGAUUGAGGAUAGCGAGCUGGCUAAGUCGAUACGGCUAGGCAAGGGCCAGACGGAGAUGGACCUCGUUAUCCGGGCGCGGGAGACGCUCGAGCGGCUGAACGAGGUGAUCGAUCCGAACCCGGACCGGAGCCCGCCGAUGUCCGACCCGCCGUCGUCCGCGUCGUCGGGGGUGUCGACGCCCGUAACGGCCGCGGCCUCCGCCAAGUCGCUACUGGACAAGGCGCGCGGUGUGGUGCUGGAGGUGACGGAGCGUGUGCAGAGCACAGCGGACGCGCAGGCGCUCGAGACGCUGCUUGGGCUGUGCGACGAGUUGAAUGCGGCUAUUGCGGCGGUGGAGAGUCGGAAUGCUUCUGCUGUUGCUGCCUCCGCUGCGUCGGAGAAGGGUGCGCCUGUGGGGUUGGGAUUGCAUAUCGAGAAGAAACUCGGUUCGGCCGCUGAUGGGCCUAAAGCUGCGGAGGGCCGUGCAACACCGGAAGAAGCGGAAGCGGAAGAAGAGGUAGAUGAAGAGGAGCCACGGACGCCAAGGGUGGAUAAGGGGAAAGGAAGGGCGGAGCCUGAGCCCGAGCAGCCGGAAAAGGUGCUCAGUCCGACGUUUGUGCUUAGCGAGUCUGACGAUGAUGAGGAUGAGGACGGCGGGCUUGCGAGGUUCAGGGAGGAGAUUGGAGGGGAGGAAGAUAUGGGGCUGCCGUCGCCUAAUGAUCGGUCAAAGAGCUGGGUGGAGGAGGAAGGCGAGGUGUUCAGGAAGGGCGUUGUGCUGCUCAGCGAGGAGACGAUGGAGGGCGAGUACGCGGGUGAGGAUCUGAAGCGCGAGCUCCUCGAAGCAAUGGUCGAACGCCCCCCGCCACGCGGCUUCAUCGACGAAUACGGUAUGGAAAUCAACGGCCCGCCCUCGCCGCUCAUCGGCGCCAACAAUAUCGAGAACGAGCCGUUGUCGCCGCUGCCCAACGAGCAACAGCCAAACAAGCCCGUACCGCGACCGUACAUCUCGCGCUCGCGCUCGGCAUCCAACUCGGUCGAGCAGCUUGCUCCACCGACAUCGACGCCGGGCUCUCCCUCGCUCGGGGCACCGCCGCUGAGUCCAUCAUUGGUGAGGCUUCCAGCGUCGCCGGUUGUGCCGUCGCCGAGCACGCCGACAGGUGCUGCGGGGAUGCAGAGGCCAGGGGCUCCUGCGCGGUCGUGGUCGACUGGGUCGGCGGGGUCGCCGUCUGGGGCGUAGAGGGUCUGGGAGAUCGUCUGUGCUUGCUGUUGUGUCAAAACAUACGUAUGCUGUGGUUGUUAAUAGGGAGGAGAGGCUGCAGAUGGGAGGACUAUAUGGAAAUGGAGGGAUGGUGGUUUAUAGGUACUUACUCGUCAUUUUCUUCUUCUUCGUACUGUAGACUCGACUUGUCAUGUCGCACUGAUCGUAACGGUAACAUACCC